AUGGCUGCCUCUUCUGAUGACUCCAAAUCCUACUUCCCUCUGGCUGGCGGUGCCGACGAUGGCUGGACCAAGGGUGAUGAAGCUACCGCGACGUGUUUCUGUGGUGCCGUCCAGCUGGUCUUUGUAAGUUUCAAUCUCCCCAUCACCGAGCAUGCUCAAGUUGCACGCGCUACUUUUUGUGAGGAAGAACGACUUUCUCUUCUUUUGGGGGGUGGUACUGCCCGACGCGCUUUGACUGACCAAGAAAUUGUGACCAAGGCCACCAAAGCCCCAGGGCUCGUUGACAGUUUCUUGUGUCACUGUAGCGACGACCACAAGAUCCAUUCGUCCAUGUUCGCCUCCAACUUCAUCAUCGCCGACACCCACCUGAAGCACGCACGCGGCCGCGAGAAACUCACGGCGUACAGCCAGUCCAAGACGAUCGCCACCGGAAACGACAUGACCAACUAUUUCUGCUCCGUGUGCGGCACUCUCAUGUACCGCGUCAGUUCCGGCUGGCCGGGGAACAGCAUUCUGCGCAUCGGCACCGUGGACGACUUCCACCUGCACGCCACCAAGCUGAAGCCCACGUUCGAGCAGUUCACGCGCGAGCGCGUCGAGUGGCUGGAGCCUGCCCGUGGAGUCGCGCAACAUGACGGGAAUUAUCUGGUCAAGGGGACUUACAACCCGUAA